GUGAUACUAUACUAACUUUGCCAACAAACAAGUUAAAAAACUCUUUUCUCACUCACUUUUAAAUCACUGCUGUAACUCUGUCUUCAUCCUCUGAACUUUGCAGCGUACAUAUCACUCGUUCCUUCCUUAUAUCAUUCAUUGUUUCUUCUAUUUCCUGAUUCAUACAUACACUGACAAAAACACUCUUCUCAUAUUUCACUCACCACCCACUAUAUAUAAUUCAACACCCCUUCUCUUUCUUUUACUUUUCUUCACUCAUAAUUCAACUUUCUCUCUUUCUUUUCCUUCAAAAUAUGGAAAAACUCUCUCAUUUUUCCAUCAUUCUUCUCUUCCUUGCUUCCUUUUUUCUUCUACAAAACGUAACAGCUUUGAAAAAUCAAGAUGGAUCAGAAGAAUGGGGCUAUGUUCAAGUUAGACCCAAAGCACACAUGUUUUGGUGGCUAUAUAGAAGUCCAUACAGAGUGGAAGAUUCUUCAAAGCCAUGGCCAAUAGUUCUUUGGUUGCAGGGUGGCCCUGGUGCUUCAGGUGUUGGAAUUGGAAACUUUGAAGAGGUUGGACCUUUGGAUACAAGCUUGAAGCCAAGGAAUUCAACAUGGUUGUUAAAAGCAGAUCUCUUGUUUGUGGACAAUCCGGUUGGAACAGGAUACAGUUUUGUGGAGGAUCGAAAACUUUUUGUUAAAACAGAUGAUGAAGCAGCCACUGAUUUGACCACAUUGUUAAUUAAGCUAUUUAAUAAUGAUGAGAAACUUCAAAAGAGUCCUCUGUACAUUGUAGCAGAGUCUUAUGGUGGCAAAUUUGCUGUCACUCUUGGAUUACAUGCUCUUAAAGCUAUUGAGGACAAGAAACUCAAGCUCACACUUGGAGGUGUGGCUUUAGGAGACAGUUGGAUCUCACCAGAAGAUUUUGUGUUCUCAUGGGGUCCUCUCCUCAAAGACCUCUCAAGACUUGAUGAUAAUGGUCUGGAAAAAUCAAAUAGUAUAGCUGAGAGGAUCAAGAAGCAACUUGAAGAUGGUAAAUUUGUUGAGGCAACCAACUCAUGGGGUGAGCUUGAAAAUGUGAUUUCUGCUAGCAGUAACAAUGUGGAUUUUUACAAUCUGUUGGUGGAUGCGGGAAGUGAUUCAGUAACCAUAGCAGCAUCGGAACUGGGAUUACUCCAAGAAAUAUCAAUGAAGCGGUACUCCAAGUAUCUUACAUUCAGAAGGACAAGGUUUUCUACUCCUGGUGGUGACGAUGAUAUUGAUACUUUAUUAAAUGGUGUUAUAAAGAAGAAGUUAAAGAUCAUCCCCGAGAAUGUCACAUGGGGAGGUCAGUCCAAUGAUGUUUUCGAUUAUCUUCAAGGUGAUUUUAUGAAGCCAAGAAUUGAUGAGGUUGAUCAGCUACUGGCAAAGGGAGUCAAUGUUACUGUGUACAAUGGACAAGUUGAUCUGAUUUGUGCUACCAAGGGGACUGAAGCAUGGCUUAGGAAACUCAAAUGGGAAGGGCUUAGAAGUUUCUUGGGGAAAGACAGAACAGUCCUCUACUGUGGAAAUAACAAAACGACCAAAGGCUUUUACAGAUCAUACAAAAACCUACAAUUCUAUUGGAUUCUUGGAGCUGGUCAUUUUGUACCCACUGAUCAACCUUGUGUGGCAUUAGAAAUGAUAGCUUCAAUUACACAAUCACCAGCUACUUGAAGUAUGCAUAGAAAAGAAAAAAAUUUGCUAUAUUUUUAGAAUAAAUUAAUCAGAAUCCAAGAAAAAGAAUUAAUUGUUGAUCAACUAUAUAUAAGGAAGAGUCAACAAGCAAACACUGAUAAAGGAUCAGCAAAAAACAGCAAACAAUAAAACUCAUGGAAAGAAAAGAGAACUACAGGGUUGUUAUUUAUUGUUGCUUUUUAUCAUUGUUAUUCUUUUUUCUUGUCCUUAUUAUUAGUAUUAUAGUAAUUAUUAUUUAUAUAAAUAUGCACUUUUUCUUAUGAGUUUGGCCCUUCAUUCAGGUCUUUGUUUUAUAAAUAAUUAUAGUGUAUCAUUUUUUAUGGUUGAAAAAUAGUUAGAGCCAAUGGCAUCAUUCAUGAUGAGUAGAUAAUAUUUUUUUA